GUCAUAGUUCAAUUGCUUGCGAACAAAGAUGUUGCUUUUUUGUCUUCUGCUCCAUCUUUAUUUCCUGUUGGUGUCGGGUGGUUAUCCCGUACCAGACGAUUGUUUGGCCUGCAUCUGUAAAGUUGAAUCUGGUUGUAAGAUGCCAAACCCGGUCUGUCGAGAUGAUGUAGGCUCUUUAUCCUGUGGUCCUUAUCAAAUCAAGGAAGCAUACUGGUUGGAUGCUACACUGUAUGGUGGAUCACUCAUGGGAUCGUGGAAAGAGUGUACUGCUGACUGGGUAUGCAGCGAGGAAGCCGUACAGGGCUAUAUGAAACGCUACGCCACAGAACAGCGACUUGGAUUUGCACCAGGAUGUGAGCAGUUUUCACGGAUCCAUAACGGCGGUCCUAACGGUUACAAGUACUCCAGCACAGACGCCCACUGGAACAAAGUGUAUGACUGCAUGCAGAGUAGUGUUUAUAUUGAACCUUGCUUGGAGUAAAAAAAAGUAUUGAAACCAGGUCAAAGGGAGAAUAAAUUCAAACAAAAAUAUUUCAGUUCUCACCUUUUAAAAUGACGUGUAGGUCCUAUUGUUAAUCAUCAUCGCGCUAAUCUUUAUUUCAAUCAAUCAAAAUAGUCAUUAUUUUAUCAUUAUUAUUCUUCACUAUUUAAAAAAUAUUGGGAGGGAUUUGUCAUUUUACUAUUUAGAAUAAUUGUAAUACAAAAUUUAAUUAUAUAAAUAAUUUUCAGGCAUGAUAGCUUGAUGAGGUAUCCACUUACAAAUAAAAGCACGCCAUCUGAGUCGAGUCUGGCGGCAAUAUCAUUCAAAUUUGUUGUGCUUCUUUUUUAUUCAUUCUUCUUUUCACUUAUAAUAACACUUAUCGUUUUUAUUUGUCAUGUCCUUCUGCUAACCGUCAUUUCAGCAUUUUAUUUCAAGUGAUCACGUGAUUUAUAAAUUCCUGUAAUAAGAUUAAGAUAGAAAGAAAAGGAUUAAAUCCUUACACAGUUUGUUGGCAUGUGGUGGAAUGAAGGGAGGAUGAUCAUUCUUGUUGCACCAAUAGUGACGUAAUAUUGGUUCAAAGGUGAUACGUAUGAGCAUUUCUCAAACUGUGUCAUCAAUGGGGAUUGAUGCGGCAGUAUAGCAUGGCUGUAUGAAGCGAGGGGCGGGGGACGAAACCAAAAGUUCAUUAAACUGUAAAGAGAAAGAUGGUUUGCUUUUUCUUUUACAUAUUAAUGUUACUAAUUUCAGACCCGCAAACGAAAACCCCGUUUACAUAAAUUGUCUUAUCGUAAACGUAUAACAUCGGAAGAGGAUAUCGAGAUAGGAGGAGAUGAUUUACACGCACACACUUUGGGCGAUAAAAUGUUGGCGCAUCAUUAAAACCACUUAUGGUAUGAUCUAUUCAAAAUGAAUGUGUGGACGUAUUCCUCUACAUCUGAUAGCAGUGAAUAUGUCAAAACAGGAAAAAACGAGGUACAGAAUGGGUGCAGGACACACCGGUUGGAAGACAACACUGUCCCUUUCUUGCAAAAAAAAUAUAAAAAAUCGAUGCAUCAUCUAAAAGAGGAAACAUAGUUUAUUCUAUUUUUUUGUAAGUAAUAUGGUCCUUUAAAAAUAAUUAUUGAAAAGGACACUCUUUUCCAACACAUUAAAGAUAAAAUAUAGAUUUACAUG